GCUACGGAUUACUGUAAAUUCCAUUUUCCCACAAUUUUCAAAGAUACGUACACAUACGCUCGAAGUUUCCAGAAGAUUUGAAGAAUUUACCGGUGCCGGAAAUGAAAAAAUCCGACGGAAAUCCGGCGAAGUACGAUUUAGAGCAUCGGUACAAGGGAGAUGACUCAUGGUACGGUGUGCUAGUCACGGUGGACGGUGAAACGAUGACGGUGAAGUUCGAGGGAUAUUCUGAAAAAUUCGAUGUGAAAUUCCUUGCUGAUGACUUCAAAUCGAAGGAGGAAAUCGAUGAAUUCGUCAGGAAGUUUAGGAAUGUCUCGCCACAGCUACAGGAUAAUGAAUGCGGUAGUGUUAAGGAAGGGAUGAUUGUCUGUGCGGCUUGUAAUGCUUUCGGCAAAGACGAUAUGCUCUUCUACGAUGCCGUUGUUGAAGCGAUACAUAACGAGAACCAUACGUUUCACAAUGGCGUGGAGGAGUGUGUAUGUACCUUUGUACUAUCCUGGCUUCAUGGCCCAAAAAAGGAUGACUUGGCUAAUUCUGGAAUUGAAGGCAUAUGUAUCAUAAAAGGCACAACACAAGUUGAUCCUAGAAUAUCCUCCUUCUUGGAAUUGGUAAACCAGAAACUCAGAAAAUCUUCUUGCAAGUCAACUUCUACAUCUGAGCAAAACAAUUCAGCAUCCAAAGGAUCAUCCCGUACAAAAAGAGUCAGAUAUUUGUCUUCUGAACAAAAGUCAGAUUCGUCCUUUAAGGGGAUUAGCAGUGCCAAGAAUGCAGUUGACGUGAGAUGUACAACAGAAGCAACAGACUCUAGCAGGCAUUGGGAUCAUGAUAAAGAUCUAGGAGGACAAUGUUCAAAUUAUCAUCUCAUGCUAGUCGAGAACUUGGAGAGAACCUUGUUCCCUUCUUCAUUGAGAGAUUUCAUACAUAAGCACACUUCUGUUUGGUCACAAGCAUAUAUUUCCCCCUGCCCAUCAUAUAUGCCCUAUGCACGAGGCAUUAUCGUGGUAGAUUGUGAAGAGAAGCUUAAAGAAAUAAACCGUUUUUUGGACAAUCCAACACACCUUGUUGUGUCCUCAAAGGGAAGGCCGAUGGUUAUAAGUGAAAGAGAUAUGAGACAAUCCAUGAUUAAGACAUCACUUGGGAGCUUAAUGUACAGUUCCCAGGAUAUAUAUCAGGCAAAAAGUAUCUGCCAAGACUUGAUAAUAGUUCACUCAGGAAGUGAAGCAUACAUAAAAGCAAACCAGGCAAAAGAUUUGUUUUUGGAGUUUACGAGUCAUCAACAAAGACUCUAUAAGAAGUUAGCUUCGGAAGAAAGGUUAUUUUUGCAGAUGCUGCAAUUACAACCGCGUUUGGAUUUGUUUCUGUGUUAAAAUAAUUACAAAGUGACUCAAUUUGUGUGUAUCUUGUGUUUCUGUAAUGUCUCAAGAUUUCUUUUCCUUUAACUAAACCUGUGAUGAUACGCCUUGUAGAAAUCUCACUGUGUGCACAGUUCUUCAAUCUUUCUUGCUCUGGAGAAAUGUCACUGGAAGGUGCUGCAUUCUUGUUUCCAUAUUCUUUGAAUGUGAAAAACUGGCGUUGUUUAGUAUAAA